ACUGCAUGGUGGAGGGACGUGGGAGAGGACCUCUGCAGCCCCCGAAAGCCACCGCCCCCCACCCCCCAUCUCUUGUGCUCUACCCAAAAUGGAAUAGAGCUAGGUUUAUUUACCCACUGAGAGGGUGGAGAGGCGAGUCAGGAGCAGGGACGGGCGGGGGAAGGGGGCUGUCGAGUUUUUCUGAUCCUCAAAAACACCUGCCCAGAGCAGACCCCGGAGCCCCCGAGGCACUCCCUCCAUCUUUGGAACACGCUAGUAAUUCAUUGAUAACAGGAAGCUAUGAGGGACCCUGUGAGUAGCCAGUACAGCUCCUUUCUUUUCUGGAGGAUGCCCAUCCCAGAGCUGGAUCUUUCGGAGCUGGAGGGCCUGGGUCUGUCAGAUACAUCCACCUACAAGAUCAAGAACAGCAUCAGUGGCAAAAUGACCAGGCAAGCAACAGGAGCAGACCAGAAGAAAAACCCUGAAGGUGAUCAUGCCCUUCUUGAGUACAGCACCUUCAACUUCUGGAGAACUCCCAUUGCUGGCAUCCACUCCUUUGAACUGGACUUGCUCUAAGGCCAAGAUUUCUCUCCCACCAACCUUGCCCUCAUUGUCUUCCUUUUCAAGCCCCUUCCUUUCCACUCCUUUCCCAUUUUAAUCUUGUUCUCUCUAUUGUGUUGGUGGUGCUGAUGAAUCUGCCAGAGUUGAAUUGUAUUGUUUGUGUUUAUUUAUUUAUUUAUAUCUCUCUCUGUAUGUAUUCCUUUUCACUCAAAAGCCCUCAAGCCACAAAGUAAAGGGUUCAAGCAAUGGAGUAUUGGGUCAGAGAGAUUCCUCCUUUUCCCCCCCAAAUACUUCAGAAAACAGGCCUGAUGGCAGUACUAGUACAGUAGUGCAAAACAGGAGCCUGCAAGUUUUAAUUUAAGAUUAUCUGCUACAAGACAGUAGAAUUUCUAAAAAGCUAAGGUAAUAAGACUUGAUUUUUUGGCUUUUUUGAUCCUGCUCCUUCUUGCAAUACACUUUUUCUCAGAGAAACUGGGGGGAGUUAAAGGUAUAAAAAAGAGGAAAUAAUACAUCAUUGAAAAUGAAAAUAGGGAAAAGCAUUGAAUCAUUUCAGAACUAGCUAAGUUGUUUCUUUUUCAAAAGGGUGUUCCUUCUUCAAGUCCACUUACUUUGCAACCUUGCUCCUAACUGUGGGUUGAAAACUCUAGCUGAGGAAAGUUAGACUUCAAAUCUUUGGAUGCAAUCUUGCUGCCUAUUACAAUAAUUUGUAAGAUUUUGAUUCAGUCUUCUAAAAGGCACUGGGUUUGGUCCUUAGUAUUUUAGUCUUGCCGUCCUGCGUUUGCAAUAUAUAAUACUGAUCAAUGGGCCUCAGGCAGUUCUUUAGCUACCUUGAAACCAGGAAAUGAACAAUUACAUUCUGACCCUACACCUUGUCCCCACUCCUUCCAAAAUUACUGCUGCUGAAUUGUGCUGCCAUUUACUCAUUUAAUAAAGACAUUCAAUCCCAGGA